AUGGCGACCUCCAUGGUCUGCCUGGUAGCGCUCUGCCUCGUGUCUCCGCUGCUCCUCGCCGGCGCCGUCCACGGCAACCCGGGCUACGGCGGCCUGUUCCCGCAGUUCUACGACCACUCGUGCCCCAAGGCAAAGGAGAUCGUGCACUCCAUGGUGGCGCAGGCCGUGGCCAGGGAGACCAGGAUGGCCGCCUCCCUCGUCAGGCUGCAUUUCCAUGACUGCUUCGUCAAGGGGUGCGACGCGUCCGUGCUGCUUGACAACAGCACCAACAUCAUCAGCGAGAAGGGGUCCAACCCCAACAAGAACUCCCUCAGGGGCUUCGAGGUCGUCGACCAGAUUAAGGCCGCCCUCGAGGCCGCCUGCCCCGGCACUGUCUCCUGUGCCGACAUCCUCGCCCUCGCCGCCCGUGACUCCACUAUCCUCGUUGGCGGGCCUUUCUGGGACGUGCCGCUCGGGCGGAGGGACUCUCUUGGCGCCAGCAUCCAGGGCUCCAACCAAGGCAUCCCGGCGCCCAACAACACCCUCCCCACCAUCAUCACCAAGUUCAAGCGCCUCGGCCUCAACGUCGUGGACGUCGUCGCGCUCUCAGGUGGCCACACCAUCGGCCUCUCCCGGUGCACCAGCUUCCGGCAGAGGCUGUACAACCAGUCGGGCAACGGCCUCGCCGACGGCACGCUGGACGUGUCCUUCGCCGCGCAGCUGAGGCAGGGCUGCCCCCGCUCCGGCGGCGACGACAACCUCUUCCCGCUCGACGCCGUCAGCUCCACCAAGUUCGACAACUUCUACUUCAAGAACAUCCUCGCCGGCAGGGGACUCCUGAGCUCCGACGAGGUACCACUGCAGAGGCUGUACAACCAGUCGGGCAACGGCCUGGCAGACAGCACACUGGAUGUGUCCUACGCGGCGCAACUAAGGCAGGGGUGCCCCCGCUCCGGCGGCGACAACAAUCUCUUCCCACUCGACGUCGUCAGCUCGACCAAGUUUGACAACUUCUACUUCAAGAACAUCCUUGCCGGUAGGGGUCUCCUCAGCUCUGACGAGGUCCUGCUUACCAAGAGCGCGGAAACAGCAGCACUCGUGAAGGCGUACGCGAAUGAUGUGCAUCUCUUCUUCCAGCACUUUGCACAGUCGAUGGUGAACAUGGGCAACAUCAUGCCACUGACUGGGUCACAGGGGGAGAUCAGGAAGGACUGCAGGAGGCUCAACAACUAUCACUGA